AUGGGCAGCACGGACAAGGAGGCCGACGACGCUACGAGUGAUGUGGAGUCGACGGAGGAGGAGUGCUCAUGCCCGGAGCCCGAAUGCGCGUUCGAGGGCGGCCCAACGCCGGUGCUCGAGCACUUGGAAGACGCCCACGCGCGGCCCAUCGACGACGUGAAGUACGGUCAGCCAUGGAACUUCAUGCUGCCACUCUCCCGGCCAUGGCACGUCGCCACCGGGCUCGGGGAAGACGACGGCACCGGCUUCUUCGUCACACAGAAGGCGGCCGAGCCCGGCGGCGGCAUGUCCACGGGCGCCGUGUCGCUGAUCUGCGUCAGGGAUGCUGCCCGCACGGGGCCGCGGCCGCUGUACCGGUGCAAGAUGACAUUGGAGUCACUCAGAGGGGACAAGAAGAAGAAGAACAGGGUCACUACUCAGGCCUCGGUCUGCGACAGGAUGCACCUGGAGGUGCCUCAGGAGAUGAUGCUGGCUCGCGAAACGCUGGCGGUCAGCAUCGAAAUUGAGAAGUUUCUGCCUGGUGCUGACACACAUGGUGACAAUGCAAGCGGGUCGGUGCCCAGGCCCAAGAGGACGAGGAAGCUGCCGGCUAGGCUUAAAAGCUGA